CCACCAUCGUCGACGUCUGCCACCCUUUUCUGUGUAGCUUUGCCCUCAUUGACGGUGCUGGCCCGCUCUCACAUCCGCUCGCGCCCUUGAGGCCCAUGUCGCGGCCUCUCUCGCCCUUCAAGCUGCCGUCGCUGCGCCCGCGCUCGCCGACGCGGCCCUCGCCAUCGCCCUGUGCGGCGCCCGGCAGCGCAGUCUUCGGCGCGAGCAGCCCGCGGCCGUUUGCCGGCAUUGGCACGCCUGGCGCACGCUCCUCGCCGGCGCGCUUCUCGAUCAGCGGGGACGAUGCCGGGCAGGCGGCCGCCGAGGAGGCGCCGUGCCGCUUCGACUGGGACUUGUGCGAGGCGCCGGCGUGUGCGGAGCACUACGACGUGGUGCUCGAGCGGGGCGAGGCAGAGGACACGCCAUUGAUGGGCAGCAGCGGCAACGCCUCCUCUGCCAUCCUCGCACAUCUCGGCAGCCUGGUGCUCGACCAGUCCGGCGCGCUUGACACGUUCGAGACGCAUGCGCCGCGCUUUGGCUGGGGCGAAGCCUCGUCGAGCCGGCCGCCGCCAACUCAUGCCUCAGCUGCGGGUCCCGCAGCACCGAGUGGGGCCGACUCAGAGAAGGAGCGGGCCAAGUUCGAGGGCCGGCUGCAGGAGCUGCUGGACACGGAGCGGAGCUAUGUGCGCAGGAUAGAGGCGCUCGCAACUCGCUACGCCCGGCCGUUGCGCGCUCUCGCGCUCGACGUCGACACGGCAGUGCUGCCGCGCUACGAAGCGCAGCGUCUCUUUGGCAACAUCGGCGAGAUCGUCGGCGCCAACAUGGCGUUUCUGCGCGAGCUGGAGCUCUGUGUGCAGAGCGCAGAGCGCGAGAAUCUCGGCGACGUUCUGCACCGGCAUAUGGCCUGCUUUUCCUGCUACUCGGAGUACUUCCAAAACUUUGAAAAGGCCAAGCACAUUGAGCAGAGCAUGAUGAAGAGCAACCGCGGCUUCCGCGAGUUCGUCGAGCGGACGAAGCAGAGCACCGCCGGGAUGGGGAACAUCGGCCUGCGCGAGCUGCUCAUGGAGCCUGUGCAGCGCAUUCCGCGCUACACGCUCCUGCUCGACGCCAUACUGCGGCACAUGGCUCGCACAGAUGCGAGGCGCGCACGCAUCGAAGAGGCAGUGGUGCUCGCGUCGCGCAUCGCUCGCUGCGAGGUCGACGACAAGACGCGGCGCGCGGCCGUGAUGUGGGGCUGCAAGCGCUCGGUCGACGGCUUUCCCGACGGUCUCAUCUCCGUGCACCGCCAGUUCAUCGACUGCGUAGACGUAGAGGACUUUCCGCUCGACAUUUUCGGCCCGUCCAGCCUCUUCUCGCCGGGCAGCUCGAGCUCGAACGGCUCGCCCAAGAUUCUGCACUGCAGUCUCUUCCUCUUCGACGACUGCAUCGCCGUCGUCAAGCGCGCGAGCUCCUCGAGCUGCGGCCGCCGGCUUGUGGGCCUGGACGACCUGACGAAGCUGGCAGACCAGAUGCGCACUUUCGUGGAGCGCAGCGGAUCGUCGUCGGCUGCCGGAAAGGGACCGCGCAUCGAGCUGGGCUUCAGAGGCACCAUCGACCUCAUGGAUGUCAGAGCCACUGAUCUUGGCGCCACGGACUUCCAGCUCGCCUUUUCGCGCGCGCCGUCGCACAUUACCGGCGAGAAGUGGACCAGCCGGCUGGUGCGGCAGUACGCCACUCACGACACGUACUCGCUGUGCGCGCCGUCCGCUUCGCCCAGCCGCUCAGCAGGCGCCAGCGCGGGCUUUGGGCCCGGCGCCGAAGCGGGCGCUGGCUCGUCUGCCCGCAGCGAAAAGGCGCGCUUCCUGAACAAUCUCUGGCGCGCGCAAGCGCUGUACAAGGCGCGGGAGGGCAAGAGCCAUGUGAGGUGCAACAUGCUCCAGCCUGCGCGGGCGCAGCCGGGUGAAGAGCCUGUGAAGAGGGUGGUGUACUGGAAUGUGUACGAGAGGCGGCGCUACCUGGCGGAGGCAUCGAAGAGUGCUGUCGUGCUCCAUGUCGACCCGCUGCGGGGAGCAGAUGCGCUGCCGUUCGGUGCAGAGGCCAUGCCGCCGCUCGCUGCCCUGCGCAUCCACUCCAUCGACGAGGAGUAUGGCGAGUGCUCCUACACAUCCACGUUCAAGGGCCAGCCGGAAGACUCCAGCAGGAUGCUGAUGCCCAUUGGCGACGUUGCAUCUCAGCUUCGGGCGAUGACAGCCCAGGCCGUGCGCAUUCGCGACGAAUUUGGCCCCGCGUCGGCGCACGGAACGCCCCAGUCGGGUGCGCCUUCGACGCCCUCCCACCGAGGGCGCGUCGCCCAAGGCUUGGAGAGCUUCAGUCGCAACCUGUUCGGAAGCGCGACGCCUAGCGGCAUGCGCGGAGCAUUUGGCGCAGAUGGCUCAUUCGGAGGCUCGCUGUCGCCUGCGCGGCGCAACAGAAGCGCUCACAGCAAGUCCAGCAGCAUCGGAGGCACGAGUGUCAGUCAGAACGGCAGCAUCAGUGCGCAUACAUACUCGACGAUGGCGACAAGCGCCGGCAGUCGCGAUAUGCUCGGACGUAUGGUCUCGAGCCCACAUGGGCAGCAGCACAAGCUCGGCGUGCCGCUGAGUCGCGGCGGCUCUGCGCAAGACGAGCAGCGCACUCGCCGGAGUGCAUCAUCGGACGGCGCUGAGCUCGCGGACCAGUCCUUCGACUCCCAGCCUGGCAUGAACAGCUUCGAUUUGACGCCACGGUACAGCGCAUCGGGCUCGGGGCGUCAGCUAGCGUCAGGCUCGCCCAUGACACCCUCGCGGAAAGAUGCCAGCCGACAGCGGGCGCACAGUACGCCUGUUCUUCCCGAGCUCAACGACCGGCAGCAAUCCGUCGCUUCUCCCUUGCGCAAGGCCGUGCCAGGUUCGAGUCGACGCGACGACCUCGCCUCCUCGGCCAGCACGCCCGAAGCUCCUCGCCGCGUCGUGUCUGGAUCAAAGCGACGACUGCCGCCGGACGAGAGUAUUGCAGCGCAAAACAGCAAGCGAGCCUCCUACGGGCCUCCGUCAGACGAGCCGCCAGGAGGAGAGACUCUCUGUCGCAGCGCGAGUCACGGCAGCGUUCUCUCGAGUCGCGGUCCCAGCCCCGCUGGACCGCGGUCUGAGACUCCUCUGGAGGCAGCGCCGAGCACUACCGCAGAGGAUCAUCUUGCCAGAUUGCUUGCGCGCUCGCAGAAUGCGUUCGUAGCGGUCGAUGAGCUCCAGCUGGACAUCGAGGCCUUCCGCAACACGCUGCGGGCUGCCAUGUCCGGUGGCAGCUCAGACCGCGACAAGAUCAUGCGAGAGGCGUGUCCGAAUCAGAGCCGAUCUUCACCGAGCCUCAAGCGCAGUGUCGUGGGUGUAGCCACCGUCGAAGGUCUGCUGCGGCGCCUCGAUGACUGGAUCGAGGAGGCUGCCGAGCGCGAGAAGAGCGCUACCGCAGACGUCGAGUCCUUGGGGCAGCACGUCCGCCAGCUUGCGGAAGCGGCAAGGAAGCCGCAGGCGAAAACGCAGGAUGCCGGUGCCUCAGCUGCGCGCCUGGAAGCCCUGGCUGCUGACGCGCGCGAGGCAAAGGCGCUCCGUGGCAAGGUCCAGGUACUCGAGCGCAAGUGCGAGCUGUUGACUGCGCUCGAGCAAGACGGCCGCCUGGAGAACACGGCGCUUCAUGCUGCAUUCAACGAGGAGCUCGACGGCAUGUGGGCCGACACGCAGGGCGAGCGCGACGACGAGCUCGCCGCGCUUCGCGCCGAGGUCAAGCGCGCCAAGGGACAGCGCAACGAGGCCACGAUCCUCAACAAGUCCCUGCAGCGCGACCUGGACCUCGAGCGCGGCCAGGUGGCCGUCUACCGCAAGCUGCUGGUCAGCAACGGGCUGCUUCCGAGCGAGAGUCAGUAAUGGACGAUCAUGAUUGCGCUCGCGAGA